AUGCCCAUUCAAAUCCGCUAUGCGACCGAGUCCGAUAGCCCGGAUUUGGUCCACAUAAACACCGCCAGUUUUGCUCCGGGUCUAUUUUACCAGAAUGCAUUUGCCAACGUUGACGUUUCGGCCCUACAAACGUUGAAAUACGCACGAACUUUCGCAAGAUUCGUGGAUCCCAAAUACCAUCUCUUAGUUGCAACGGACUCAGAAACGGACCGUAUCAUCGCUUUCAUGCGAGUGGUUAUUCCGCUUCGUUAUCAACAAGAGUCCCAUUCAUUUACAACGCUAUCUGAAAAUGCGAGGAAGAUGGCUGCUGAGCCAAAUGAAUAUCUACCCGAGGGGAUUAACCAGCGCGUCUAUGCGUGUUAUUUGGAUAUGCUGAAGAGCUCAAGAGAAAAGUAUCUGGGAGAAGAUGAUAUAAUCCUGGACUUUUUAGCCACAGACCCCGAGUAUCAGGGGAAAGGAAUUGGUAGCCAAAUGUUGAAAUGGGCUACGCAAAAGGCGGAUACCCUGAACGCACGAAUGUUUCUUGAAGCAACAGAGGAAGGUUAUCCGCUAUAUAAAAAGUAUGGAUGGAACACACUGGAGGAAAUCGUUCUAGACUUCGCGCCAUUGGGGGGGCAUAGCAAGGGAAUCUACUAUAUUAUGAUCCGAGAUCCAAUUCCUGAUAAUAAUCAGCCCUAA